AAAUAUUAAUCCAUAAAUAAUUGUUAACUAAAUGAUUGAAUUGAAUUGAAUUAACGGUAAUAUCGAUAGGUUUUAUAGGUUUUAUAGGUUAUUGCGAUUGAUAUUACGGUAAGUGAUAUAUAGUUUGAUUUCAUUGAUUGAUGAAUAUGUCUAAUGAAUCUGAUAACCAAAACAAGAUGAGUGGUCACAACGGAAGAGCUAAUUGUGACACCAAAAGUGCGGCCAAACGCCGACCAAACAGAAAUUGCCGUAAAAGACAACGGACUUCACUUGCAAAUGGUUUUACUGUUUCCUCCAGUAAUGACAACACCAAUACUCAAGAGUUGCAGACAAUGCCACUCAUCAAUGAAAUCAUUGAAAAUCUCUCACAAAAUACAGAUAACACUAAUAAUACUGAAAGUCAUACCAAUAAUGGGUUUAACUCUGAGACUAAUGAAUCUGUUUUGGCAGUCAAUGAUGUAAACGUUGGAAAUGAGGUUACAAUAAGAGAGAUGCCAACUGCCAGACCAAUACCACAUCAUAUGAUUGUUGAUGACAUGAAUAACCAAAUUAAUGAUAAUCACAAUAAUAAUGAAAAUACAGAGAAUGGCGAUCAAAGAGAAGAUGCAAACGUUUGUAUUGAUUUAACUCAAGACGACAGUAUUGUUAACAAUGAAUCGGAUUCUGAGAUCGAGUGUAUCAGUUCUGUCAUCAAAAACCAAGACUUGUGUAUUAUUCGUGACGUUACACGAAAACGAAGACAACGUAAUGAUAACUAUCAAUCACAACCACAGCCACAACCAAUUGAAUCAUCAUCUGCUAAGCAAAGUGAUGAUGUCGUCGAAAUUGAUCCGUUAAAGAUUACCACUCAAAACAAUAGUACAUCGCGUAGAAGUAUUAAAUGUCCCGUUUGUUUGGAUGAGUCUUAUAUGUUUGGUGUCACUGACCGUAAACUUGUGGCCACAAAAUGUGGACAUCUAUUCUGUGAUCGUUGUAUACAACAAGUGAUUCGCACUUCAAAAGUAUGUCCCAAUUGUCGAAAAAAGGUGAAUAAAGGAAGUUAUCAUCCGAUUUAUAUUUAGCGAUGAUUUUUAAUUUAAUUUCUGUAAAAUGUUUUUUAUUUUAUUACCAAUA